AUGAGCGGAAUCACGGUACAGCUCGUGUUUGCCUUUAUUGGCACGCGCGUGCCAUACUUCAUCCCGGAGGCGACGACCGCAGCGAGUUCUCCUGCGCGUUCCCCGUUUGGCAACGCGCCUUCUGUUUCGUUUAACGCGCCAGCACCAUCGUCGCUGCGCGCGGACUCUACUGGGACAUCCCCAAGUCUUCCAUGCAUUCUGACAAACCAGUUCACGGCACAUAGACUGCUGUCCCGCCUGGCAAAGUCUCUGGAGCCCUCCCUGCAGGCCACAGCGACAGCCGAGGACGCCACUACCGAGUUUACCAGGCCAUCGCCGACGUUCUCCUCGCCGUUCCACAAGCCCCCGACAUUUGAGCUCUUCGACUACGCUAGCCUCAACCCGCUCGAGGACAAGGCGGUGCUGCACGACGAGCAAGUCCUGCUGGUGCUCUGCGACACCGCCACUACGACACAACUUGUGGAGGUACUUCAGCUGGAGUGGUUGGAGGUCUACAGCGGGGUACACCACCCACACCACCACAGCCGCUCCUCAUCCACACUUGCCCUGCCGCAUAAGACAGACAUGGCGGUUUGCACGACCGAGGAGAAGCUGAGGAAUGUGGUGCAUGCGCAGCAGGCACUUUGCAAGCCUGUCGCGCUUCACCUCUCCCUUUUAGCGAAGGAGUUGGCGUCACGCGAGGCGACGCUGGCGACGCAGAAAGAGCAGCUAUCGCAGCUUCGAUCCUCCAUAACAGCGGUCGUUGCUACUGCUGGCUCUUUUACGCGAAGCGGAAGCGACUACGCCUCAUCACAAAUGUCGCCUGAUCGGGCUGCCUCAUUUCCACUAUUGACAGAGCUGGAGCCGAGUCUAGCCUUAGAACUAGCACGGAGUACCACUGAUUCCGCACAUCUUCAGAAGGUAGAAGCACCACUGGCGUUCUGCGACGCGCGAUUGCGCGCAGUCGAAACCCUGCUGCAGCGCGCCGCAAAACACCGUGUCAAGCUGUUGGAGCUCGCCGCUGGUGAACGUGCCACAGAAGAGGCGUUCGAGAGUGGCCCUGUCAGUCGUGCCUGCGCAGAAUACCUCGAGCGCGCCGAACAGGACCGCAGCGCAGCAGAGGCCAUUAUUACGGAUUAUCAGGUUGAGAUGACUCGUCAGCUGAAGGUAGUACGGCAACUGAUCACCUACAUCACCCAAGUGAGGAGACUGUUGAGCAAAGCCAAGCAUGACAUGGGCGUAGUCGAGCUGAUCCUUUCACGACUGUCUUUGACGGGCUUGCGACCUCGGCUAAUGGAAGAGGCGGAGGCGCUGCUGUGUCGCCGUGUCAUCCUACGACGGGCUGCCCGUCGCCAAAUGCUCCUAUUACAAGAGACAGAGUUUGUUGGGCUGCAGCAAGACCUGGAGACCUUCUCGCAACGGACGGAGGUGCAGAAAGUGCUUCCUGAGAAAGUGCGCUGGUAUCUGCGGGCGCCACUGCCCACUCUUCUGCCGGAGGAAGACCCCGUCGCCACGCUGCUUGACCAUGCCCUAAUUGACCGCGAGGAGGAUGAGGCACAAGAGCUGGUGGAGAAGACGCGCGUGUGCACGGCAGACUCCUCGGAUCCGGCAAAAAAUGCACUGCAAAUCAGUAAAGUGUUGCUGCCGGUAGAGCGACUCACACGGAGUUUGGAGGAGGCCCGUGCGAGUGUUGCGCAGUACAAGAGUCGUGUGGAGGAGUUGGAGGAGAAACUAAAAAUGUACGAGGCUGCCGAUGCGCUCUCGUCACCGCUGCUGCAGGAUAGUGUUGUCAAGUCGUCAUCCAUGGAAACCCAAGCUGGAGGAGCAUCGGGUAAAGAAAGUUAG